ACAAGUUACCGUUGACGCCUCACUCGUGCACUGUAGUCCAACGGGUUACGUGUUAAGGAUUCUUACAGGUUACAAAAAUGGCAUUUUCGCUGCUGGUCGUGAACAGGAAAAACUUAAAGGCUCCGACCCAGAGCAGACCCGAUUUUAAGAGAGUGGAGAGGGGCUGUCUUGCGGAUCUGGACACAAGCAAUUCCAAUGGUUGUUUCCAGAUAAAUAUUUAUGCUUUGCACAAGCCAGGCUCUGAGAUUUGGAGAGUGCGGCAUCAUUGUAACUUUGAAAAGUUAAAUCAAACAUCCUAUCUAUUUGGAUCCUGACAUUCAAAUCCAGCCCUCUCCCUGCCUCCCUUUGAGUAGCCCACCCCUGCGGAUCAAUGAGGACUGUGUGAGGACAUUAGUCAUUUGCAAGCUGUUCACAGCUAACGGGACUCCCGCCUUGACUGCGUGUCCUUACAUUCAGAUGAUAGUUUGAUAUUGAUCCGCUCUGCAACUGUCCGGCUCAGUCUACAAAACGGGCCGCCGGACCGUGUGCUAAAACCAUGCAACGAAUGCUGUCCGCCUGUAACUCAACAUUACGCCAUUAAUUGAUACAUUUCCGUACGGCAAGCGAGAGGGCUCAGUCAGCAGCACAUGGCUCAGCUCCAGUAAACAGCAGCAGCAUCUGAGAAAAGAGUGCGUUUGUUUUCUCAAGUCAGUCGUUUAGCAGAGGGCAUCACCAGAGUACCAAGUACAUCUGAACUGAUUCCCCUCACACAGACCCAGCAAGCCGUGGCGGGAUUCCCUCAGAGCUGGUAUAUUGAGUGUUAUUUUCAGCAAAGAGAGCUGCACUAUUCCAAACAGGCGGGUUUAUAGCAAAACCCUUACCCGGCCGAAAUGACAGCGGAGAAAGCGAUUCCAAUAAUCAAUGGGAAGCCAGACGAUGCGAUGGACACCGAAGCAUCGAAUGUCAAUUUAGUUCGCACCAACGACAAGAAAGUGUCAGAAAGAGGCCAAUGGAAUAACAAAAUCGAAUUUGUCUUGUCUGUGGCCGGGGAGAUCAUUGGAUUAGGAAACGUGUGGCGAUUCCCUUACCUCUGUUACAAGAACGGAGGCGGGGCCUUCCUUAUUCCAUAUGUGAUUUUUUUCAUCGGCUGUGGCAUACCGGUGUUUUUCCUGGAGACUGCACUGGGUCAGUACACCAGCGAGGGAGGCAUAACGUGCUGGAGGAAAGUUUGUCCGCUUUUUGAAGGUAUCGGAUAUGCUACUCAGGUCAUUGAGGCACAUUUGAAUGUGUUUUACAUCAUUGUUUUGGCGUGGGCCAUAUUUUACCUGUUCAACUCCUUUACAACUGAACUUCCUUGGGCUACCUGUGGACAUACCUGGAACACAGAAAACUGUGUAGAGUUUCAGAAGCUGAAUUCCACCAAUUGCAGUCAUACAGCUGUACCAAAUGCAACUUCACCUGUCAUUGAGUUCUGGGAGCAUAGAGUGCUCGGAUUAUCAAGUGGAAUUGACCACAUCGGAAGCAUACGAUGGGAACUGGCUCUUUGUCUUCUUGCUGCUUGGAUUAUCUGUUAUUUCUGCAUUUGGAAGGGACCAAAGUCCACUGGAAAGGUGGUGUAUGUAACAGCAACAUUCCCCUACCUGAUGCUGUUGGUUUUACUGAUUCGAGGAGUGACUCUACCUGGAGCUGGAGAGGGAAUAAAGUUUUAUCUUUACCCAGACAUAUCACGUCUGUCAGAUCCUCAGGUCUGGCUGGAUGCCGGUACUCAGAUUUUCUUCUCAUAUGCAAUUUGCCUUGGAUGCUUGACUGCAUUAGGAAGCUAUAACCCCUAUCACAACAACUGCUACAGGGAUUGUAUAAUGCUAUGCUGCCUCAACAGUGGCACCAGCUUUGUUGCUGGCUUCGCUAUUUUCUCUGUGUUAGGAUUCAUGGCUUUCGAACAAGGCGUACCGAUAGCAGAAGUAGCUGAAUCAGGUCCUGGGCUGACGUUCAUUGCUUAUCCGAAGGCUGUCACGAUGAUGCCUCUUGCACCACUAUGGGCUGUUCUUUUCUUCUUGAUGCUCAUUUUCCUUGGACUGGACAGUCAGUUUGUGUGUAUGGAAAGUCUGGUAACAGCUAUAAUAGACAUGUAUCCCAAGAUAUUCCGUGUCGGAUACAGAAGAGAACAGCUGAUUUGCAUUAUCACAAUUGCGUCAUACUUGAUUGGAUUAAUAAUGGUAACAGAGGGAGGAAUGUACAUUUUUCAGCUCUUCGAUGCAUAUGCUUCGAGUGGCAUGUGUCUUCUCUUUGUGGCCAUUUUCGAGUGCAUUUGUAUAGGCUGGGCCUAUGGAAGUAACAGAUUCUAUGACAAUAUUGAAGACAUGAUUGGGUACAGGCCAUUCAUUUUAAUUAAAUGGUGCUGGAAUUUCAUCACUCCUGGUAUAUGUUCAGCGAUUUUCAUUUUCUUCAUUGUGAGAUAUAAACCACUUAAAUAUAACAACACAUACGUCUAUCCCGGCUGGGGUUAUGCUUUAGGAUGGGCCCUAGCUCUUUCUUCCAUGGUUUGUAUACCUCUAGGAUUUAUCUUCAAAAUUUGGAACACUGAAGGAACUUUUCUACAGAGAAUUAAGAAGCUUACAACUCCCAGUCUGGACUUACGACGAAAAGGAGUAGGAUCACUCAAUAUGGAGACAUGCUGCAGCACAAUUAAUGACUGUGACAGUAAACUGAAAGGUGAUGGGCGUAUUCCUGCCAUCACAGAGAAGGAGACGCACUUCUGAGCAAAUUCCCUGGUCUCUUUUUUAAAAAAAAAUACAAGAAAGCAAAAUGAUGUCACUUAAUUAUAGAGGCCUGCUUGUUUUGCACAAACUUUAUUAUUAACAUGUUAAUUCAAAAUUAAGCAUUAUAUACUUGUUUAAAAAGUGACUUUUUAAUGAUUGUAUAAGUAACUGAUUAUAUAUAGUACUUGAUAUUAGUGAGCUCAUGUAAUAGUGUGACACUGGUAAAUGUUUUGUAGAAAUUCUAGUGUGGAAUCAAUGUAUAAUGUGUUGAAAACUUUUCUACUUGGAACUCUUUUUCAUUAUGGAAGGCACAGUGUUUAUUGGACAUUCUUGCUCAUCUGUGAGUAUGAAAAAGGCCAUUCCAAGUCAUACCGCAUGUUUGUGGAGUCAUUAUUUUUGAGCCUCCUACCUAUAUUCAUUUGGUAGGUACAACAAAAGUCUCCGAUGUUAAGGAGGCAAAUUAAAUACAACUUCAGUUGUCACUUCUGAAUCAUUUUUGAUGGAAUUUGUUAUUUAAAAGCUUUUAAAUUUACAAUAUGUCUAUAGAUGCGACUUUCGUCACUUGUAUAUUUUCCCUAACCAAAGUCCCUUAUGCAUACAUAUUGAUUGGUGAGGUCCAAAAUAUAUUACUAAAGUUCUCUGCUUGUAAAUGUCUGCUAUAGAUAUUGAAUAACCCACUACUGAUAUUUUUAAAAAAACAUUUCAACUUUCCUACUGGUAUUUGUUAUUUUCUCAGAUAAAUUUUCAAGAAAUUGUUGGGGGGAUAAUUGGAUCUUUUUAGUUUCUGUGAAGAUGUUUUGGUACAUAGUAAGGCAAAGCAAUCAUCCCUUUUUAAAAGAAUUUGCAGUAUUAGGUUUGGUGCCAAGUUGUUUCACACACUGGAGAGUUUUGUGGCACAAACUUUUAUUGUCUGCUUACUCAUCAUUUUUAAAAGAUAAAUAAAAUUAUCAAUUUACCUCAA